GGACCAGCUUGCGGCAAGCCUCCUUCCCGGCCUGCAGCGAGACCACCGUUAGCGCCGCUCGGCUUCCGCCCCUGCUCUCGCCCCGGCGGCGGCGGAGGCCGCGGCUCCGGCUGUGCUCGGCCCCGUUCGCCUUGCUUCCCCGGCGGCCUCGGCAGACAUGUUGUGAGGCGGCCGCGCGGGUGCCCGAAGGAUGGUUUGGCCGAGGCGGCGGCAACCGCUGCUGGUGGCGGCGGCCGCGGGGGCUCCGGCUCUGUAGAGCCGGGCCUGUGGGUGUCCUCCCGGGCCUGCGGCCGGCGGGGCUCCCGUGCCGUCCGGGUCCCCGGAGCCCUCGGCACCCCGACCUUCCCUUCAGACGCGCACUAGGAGCUCCCACACAGUGGGCGUUCUCGGCCCGCCAACCCACCUCUCCCUCCUCUCCGAGCUCCCCCGACCCCGACGCCCCUGCCCGGGGGCAGCCUGAAAUCUUCGCGGAGUGGUGGACCAGAGUCGAGGAGUUUAAAAGUUGGGGCCCGAAAGGCAGGAAGGUACGAUGGCUUCCUCGUCUGGCAACGAUGAUGACCUCACUAUCCCCAGAGCUGCUAUAAAUAAGAUGAUCAAAGAGACUCUCCCUAACGUCCGGGUGGCCAACGACGCCCGAGAGCUGGUCGUGAACUGCUGCACUGAAUUCAUUCACCUUAUAUCUUCGGAAGCCAAUGAGAUUUGCAACAAGUCGGAAAAGAAGACGAUUUCCCCAGAGCACGUCAUACAAGCACUAGAAAGUUUGGGGUUUGGCUCUUACAUCAGUGAAGUAAAAGAAGUCUUACAAGAAUGCAAGACGGUAGCGCUAAAAAGAAGAAAGGCCAGUUCUCGUUUAGAAAACCUUGGCAUUCCCGAGGAAGAGCUAUUGAGACAGCAACAGGAAUUGUUUGCAAAGGCUAGACAGCAACAAGCAGAAUUGGCCCAACAGGAAUGGCUUCAAAUGCAGCAAGCCGCCCAACAAGCCCAGCUUGCUGCAGCCUCAGCCAGCGCAUCCAAUCAGGCAGGAUCUUCUCAAGAUGAAGAAGAUGAUGAUGAUAUCUGAAAUUCACCAUCUCAGCUUCUGGUCCUCUCUAUAUAUAAAAAAAAAAAAACAGUGGAAGAAAUGCUUAUCUGUAAUUGUGUAUGCAUCCUGGUGGACUUACCGUUGGUGUUCUAGAGACGUCUGCUGUCAGGUUUCAACUGCUGUGCUGUACAUGUAAAACUGUCUCUUUGAACAUGAAAAUUUAAGGUUCAGUAUAACAUCAGCUUUGAAUUUGUAACGGUGUUUCUGGAGUCUAACAUAACAUCAGCUUUGAAUUUGUAAUGGUGUUUCUGGAAUUUAUGAGUAGUGUGAACACUUUAUUUGUUCUAUAAAUAAUAUUACAGAAAAUGUCAGGUUUAUAAAAAUGCAGUGAAAUUCACAGAUGUCUUAAUUUGUAUUUGCAUUUUCUCUGCCCUUUUAACAGAACUAAAAUUGAGAGUUUUAUAUUGAGAUGGGGCAUGGUGUGAUGCAGAAUACGUUGAAUCAGGUCGGCAGAAAAAAUUCAGUUCUAUAUAGUAUCUAAUUUUUUUUGUCUUUUAAAGUGAGUAUAUAUGCAGCAACAAUUAUAUAUGCUCAGAUAAAUAUACUUGCUAAGAGAAAAACUCAAAUAAGACAUUCAAAAACUAGAAAGGAAAUGUAUUCACUAAUAGCUGUAUAAAUUUGGUGAGUUAUGUUUUUGAUUUUGUUAUUGUUUUGUGUAACAGUAAAGACUAGUUUUAUCAUAGUAUAAUUUAUCCUGAGCUACACUAUGCCAUUUCAGAAACUGGCUAAUCUUGAAGAUUGUUGUGAUUCGCACUGUUUCACUCCAGUUUGGUAACUGUUCAUAGUAUUACUUGCUUAGUUCAUGUUUAUGUCAUUUGCGUAUAGAGGUAAGACUUAUGCAACUGUUGCUUGGGUUCCGUUGGCUUAACUGAGGCUCAUGGAUAUUCAGACUUGCUAGGGGAAAUAAAUGAAAACUAAUGAACAUGUUUGCGAUGAGAGAGGGCUUUAAAAAUAUUAUUUAACAUGUAGUUUACAUAUUGUUUGGUUUUAGCGUAACAUUUGCAUUUUCUUGACUAGGUGACCGUAAGAGUCCAGUGCUAAUUCUUGAUAUGACGUCGUCCCCCUCAUAAUUGAGUGAUGGCUUUAAAGUUUUGCGUUUGAUUAAAGUGUCAUAACUGACCAGCCCUA